UCCCCAAACACUCUUUUUUCUUCUCUCUCUCUCUCUUUCUAUCUCUCUCUAUCAAAACUACUAUAUACCCAGUCUCUCUCUAUCUGUGUUGUGCUUUUAUGCGUGUGUCUGUGACAAAUACGAAGUCUUUAGUAUUAUUAUUAUUAUGGGAUUAGCGGCCUCUUUUCUUUGUUGUAGAGCAGGUCACCCUGUUUGAACAAUUCUCUUCUAUACUACUACCUACGAUCGCUUCAAAGUUUUAAACCAUUAUUAUAGUCUCUUCGUUUUCAUAAUAACCCACUGCAUUUUUUUCCAUUUUGCCUGUUAUUCUCACAAAGGAGUUUUACACACAACAAGGAACUUGGGAUAGUUGCUGUUAGUGUUUGACCAUGGCGUCUAAGUCCUUCCACAUGAGUAGAUCAAAUCUAUCGACGUCUUCUGAUGCGGUUUCUGAAUCUCAAAACAAGCCUCCACUACCUCCAACUGUGACCUUUGGCCGGAGAACUUCCUCCGGUCGUUACAUCAGCUACUCCAGGGAUGAUCUUGAUAGUGAGCUUGGGAGUGGUGAAUUCAUGAACUAUACAGUACAUAUACCACCAACCCCUGAUAACCAGCCUAUGGAUCCAAUGAUUUCACAAAAGGUUGAAGAACAAUAUGUGUCGAAUUCACUCUUUACAGGUGGGUUUAAUAGUGUUACUAGAGCUCAUCUCAUGGACAAGGUGAUUGAGUCUGAUACAAGCCAUCCCCAGAUGGCUGGUGCAAAAGGCUCUUCAUGUGCAAUUCCUGGGUGUGAUGCAAAUGUGAUGAGUGAUGAGCGUGGCUCGGACAUUCUCCCUUGUGAGUGUGAUUUCAAAAUAUGUCGGGACUGUUAUAUUGAUGCAGUGAAAACUGGGGGUGGGAUUUGUCCAGGGUGUAAGGAGCCUUAUAAGAACACUGAUUUGGAUGAAGGAGCUGUGGAUAGUAGCGGGCGGCCACUUCCCCUUCCUCCGCCAAAUGGGAUGUCAAAAAUGGAGAGGAGGUUGUCGUUGAUGAAGUCAACAAAGUCAGUGUUGAUGAGGAGUCAAACUGGGGACUUUGAUCACAAUCGGUGGCUAUUUGAAACAAGGGGGACUUAUGGAUAUGGGAAUGCCAUAUGGCCAAAGGAUGGGGGUUUUGAAAAUGGGAAAGAUGAUGAAACUACUGAGCCAACGGAGUUGAUGAACAAACCGUGGAGGCCACUUACACGGAAAUUGAAGAUACCUGCUGCUAUUAUCAGCCCAUAUCGGCUUCUAAUCGUCAUUCGUAUGGCUGUUCUUGCAUUGUUUUUGAUGUGGAGGAUCAACCACCCCAACAAUGAUGCAAUUUGGCUAUGGGGAAUGUCUGUAGUUUGUGAGAUAUGGUUUGCUUUUUCUUGGCUGCUUGAUCAACUUCCCAAACUCUGCCCAAUCAAUCGUGCUACAGAUCUUAAUGUUUUAAAGGACAAAUUUGAAACACCUAGUCCCAACAACCCCACUGGAAAAUCUGAUCUCCCAGGCAUAGAUAUCUUUGUCUCUACUGCAGAUCCAGAGAAAGAACCACCACUGGUCACUGCAAACACUAUCUUAUCUAUUCUUGCAGCUGAUUACCCAGUUGAAAAGCUUGCUUGCUAUGUUUCUGACGAUGGAGGUGCACUUCUAACCUUUGAGGCCAUGGCCGAAGCGGCAAGCUUUGCUAAUAUAUGGGUUCCAUUCUGUCGUAAACAUGAUAUUGAGCCCAGGAAUCCAGAAUCUUACUUCAGUUUGAAGAGGGAUCCUUACAAGAACAAAGUAAAGUCAGAUUUUGUCAAAGAUCGUAGACGAGUGAAGCGUGAGUAUGAUGAGUUCAAGGUCCGGAUCAAUGGCUUGCCUGACUCUAUUCGCCGCCGUUCAGAUGCCUAUCAUGCUCGAGAGGAAAUCAAGGCCAUGAAGGUUCAGAGACAGAACAGGGGUGAUGAACCAGUAGAGGGUGUGAAGAUCCCAAAAGCAACAUGGAUGGCUGAUGGAACUCAUUGGCCAGGGACUUGGUUGCAAUCUUCAUCUGAGCACUCCAAAGGAGACCAUGCUGGUAUAAUACAGGUGAUGUUGAAACCUCCCAGUGAAGAACCACUACUCGGAAUUGCUGAUGAUACCAAGCUUAUUGACGUCACUGACAUUGAUAUUCGUCUCCCGCUUCUUGUUUAUGUGUCUCGUGAGAAGCGUCCAGGCUAUGAUCACAACAAGAAGGCUGGGGCCAUGAAUGCCCUGGUUCGAGCUUCAGCUAUUAUGUCCAAUGGCCCUUUCAUUCUCAACCUUGACUGUGACCACUAUAUCUACAAUUCCCAAGCUAUGAGGGAGGGCAUGUGCUUCAUGAUGGAUAGAGGAGGUGAUCGCCUUUGUUAUGUCCAGUUCCCCCAGAGGUUUGAGGGGAUUGAUCCAUCUGAUCGAUAUGCCAAUCACAACACUGUUUUCUUUGAUAUCAACAUGAGAGCCCUUGAUGGGAUUAUGGGCCCCGUCUAUGUCGGAACUGGAUGCCUCUUUCGAAGGGUAGCCCUUUAUGGUUUUGAUCCACCUAGAUCUAAAGAACACCACCCUGGCUGCUGCAGUUGCUGCUUUGGCCGUUCCAAAAAGCAUUCCUCAGUUUCAAACACCCCAGAAGAGAACCGAUCUCUGAGAAUGGGUGAUUCUGAUGAUGAAGAGAUGAACCUCUCUUUGCUCCCUAAAAGGUUUGGGAACUCAACUUUCCUCAUUGAUUCCAUCCCAGUGGCAGAGUUCCAAGGCCGUCCUCUUGCAGAUCACCCAGCUGUGAAAAAUGGACGCCCACCUGGUGCUCUCACUAUUCCCCGUGAGCUUCUUGAUGCAUCAACUGUUGCGGAGGCAAUCAGUGUUAUCUCAUGUUGGUAUGAAGACAAGACGGAGUGGGGACAACGUGUUGGUUGGAUUUAUGGGUCAGUUACUGAAGAUGUGGUCACAGGGUAUAGGAUGCACAAUAGGGGGUGGAAAUCAGUGUAUUGUGUGACCAAGCGUGAUGCUUUCCGAGGAACAGCUCCUAUCAAUCUUACUGAUAGGCUCCAUCAGGUCCUCCGGUGGGCUACUGGUUCAGUUGAGAUUUUCUUCUCCCGCAACAAUGCCCUUCUUGCCAGUCCAAGAAUGAAGCUUCUGCAGAGAAUAGCAUACCUUAAUGUUGGCAUCUACCCCUUUACUUCCAUCUUCCUGAUUGUAUACUGCUUUCUCCCAGCACUCUCACUUUUCUCUGGCCAGUUCAUUGUCCAGACUCUCAAUGUCACUUUCCUUGUCUACCUCCUUGUUAUCACUUUGACUCUAUGUAUGCUUGCUAUCCUUGAGAUUAAAUGGUCUGGCAUUGAGCUAGAGGAAUGGUGGAGGAAUGAGCAGUUUUGGUUGAUUGGAGGGACUAGUGCUCACCUUGCUGCUGUGCUUCAGGGACUUCUAAAAAUCCUUGCUGGGAUUGAAAUUUCUUUCACUUUGACAUCAAAAUCAGGAGGUGAUGAUGUGGAUGAUGAGUAUGCUGAUCUCUAUGUAGUCAAAUGGACAUCCUUGAUGAUACCACCAAUCACAAUCAUGAUGGUCAACUUAAUUGCUAUUGCUGUUGGAUUUAGCCGAACGAUAUACAGUACUAUACCACAGUGGAGCAAGUUAAUAGGUGGUGUUUUCUUCAGUUUUUGGGUCCUGGCUCAUCUCUACCCUUUCGCCAAAGGGCUGAUGGGACGAAGAGGGAGGACACCAACCAUUGUUUUUGUUUGGUCAGGACUCAUUGCAAUCACUAUAUCCCUCCUUUGGGUGGCAAUCAGUCCCCCUUCUAGCACUGAUCAAAUUGGAGGCUCAUUCCAGUUCCCCUGAUAGGUCAUUUUUUCCUGUCAACUCGAAUGUGUUCAGCAAUAUUCCUUCAUUAAAUUUUUUCUCUCAAAAAGGAAAUCUGAAUGGACUAGGUAUGUUCUUUUUCUUGAGCCCAUUUGAAUGUUUGGAGCUUUUAGCAAUCUGACUAAUGAUGGAUGGGAACAAGAGAAUGGGAAAAACUGGUUUUCCCAGAUUUUGUGAUUGUUGUAUGAUGUCUUAUAUGGAUUCAUAAGUUAAACGUCUCAUUUUCACCUCAAGGAUUAGGAUAAUUUAAUUCAUUCUUCUGUAUAAUUCGAAGUUCAUCUUCUUUUGUUACUUAUUUAUAAUUUUAAAUUUCAAAUUGGUGGUGGCAUUUUUGUUGUCAUCUGAUC